AUGUCGUUAACCAUACAACAAAUUAUCACCGAUGCCAAAAGACUUGCAGGAAAGUUGAAGGAUCGAGACGACAUUGCUGAUAAUCUGCUCACUGAAACUCAAGCAAUUAACAAAAAAAUCGACGCUAUGAAACAGUUUCAAGAGGAAGUGGAGCAGCUCAACGAAGUGGCCAAUCAAAAACCCCAUUCCCAGCUGAUAGCCAAUAUUCAAAAAGAAAAUAGACACUUGCGAGAGAUCCAGCAAGAAAACAGAGAACUAAAAUCUGCUUUGGAAGAUUACCAGUGCACCUUGGAACACAUUAUGACCAAGUAUAGAGAGCACACAGGAAACCAAAUAUACAAAUCAAGAAUCGAUUUCAAAACAAUUCAAGAAGAAAGAUACCAAUACAUAAUAGAGCAGCAAUCUGAUAAAAUAGCUGAAAUGGCUGCUGUUAUGAGACAAGCAGCUGAGCUCGAUGAUAAUAGAACUUUGAAAUUUGAAGAGUCAAUGGCGAAAUUGAAACUUGAAAACCAGGGCUUAAGGAAGUUAUUACAAAUAUCAAAAGAAUUCAAUGAUUCUGUUAUUACUCAAGAAAAAAAAGUCCAAACUGAAUAA